AUGCCGAAAUUCACCGGAGUCCACCAACCUUUCAAUCCCAACAAGCCAUACUGGUGCAAGGACAACCCAAAGACCGAUCUGCAGAAGAGAUAUUUUGAGAAAAUGGCCAACGCGGUCAAAGGUUGCAAGAAGCGCCAACAAGGGACCUUAAACAACAACCGCCAAGAUCAGAAUCCGGACGAAGGGCCACAGAGGUUCGAGGAAAUGCUCCCGGAUGGCUUCGAUCAUAACGAUCUCGAUCCCGGACCCGAUUUUAUUGAGGAGAUUCAUCAAGCUCGCCUGGAGGACGAAAGACGUGAACGUGCUUUGGCAUUGGAGAGGGCGUCCCAAGAGAUGUUUGCCGCUUACAUCAGAUGUUAUCUCAAAACCAGUGAAUGGGGUGAUCUAUUGACAUGGGACUGUGAUCACAAACCACUGUGUACAUGUCAUCCAAAUCAAAGGCGUGAAAGGAAUGUGGACCUAGUCGAUAUUUUAACGCGACGGAAAGCGCUCAUCCAAUUUUGUUCUUGUCAAUUCAACAAUCAAACUCGACUGAUUUACAUGGGGUAUAUUGGAGGCUCCCCAAAAUACCCCCAGACAGCAUUUUCCAUAAGGCUGCUGCAAUUCUAUCACAUCAUCUGGAAGUUCUGUAGCACUCGACUAGGACCUUUUGCACGAGCACUGGACGAGUUUCUGGACGCUUGGAAUCCUCUGAUACUUACCAAGAACGAGGAGCCUCGGCGAUGGCAAACACCUUUGUACUACGCUAUAGAUGCAUAUCGGCAGAUGGUCGCCAUCUUGCGGAAAACUGCCCUUGGUGCUUUGGCCCCCCCGUGGAAAACACCGAACAUCCUUUAG